AUGAUUAUGAGUGAGAAAACUCCACUCGAACCAAGUUUUAAAGAGAUGUUAUUAUUUUUCUAUUGUUCUAUCCUAAACCAUAGAAUCAAGGACAUGAGGAAUUGUAUCGGAUACCAGGUAUCGUUAAAGAAAAGGGAGUAUAAAAUCUUAUCAAAGAUUUGCAAUGUAUUUUGCUUUGCUGAAAGUUUUAAUUAG